AUGGAGCACAAUCAGAUCAAUGGCGCCAAGAAAGAGCCAAAUUACAGAGGGGUAAAAGCCUUGCCUUUCAUAAUAGGAAACGAGACAUUUGAAAAGCUUGGGACAAUCGGGACAUCAUCUAAUCUGUUAGUCUACCUCACGACGGUGUUCAACAUGAACUCCAUAACGGCCACAAACAUCCUCAACAUUUUCAACGGGACUUGCAUGAUCGGGACUUUGGUAGGCGCUUACAUGUCCGACACUUAUCUCGGCCGAUACAAGACCAUCGGCAUAGCUUCAAUUUCCUCUUUCCUGGGGAUGCUGGUCUUAACCCUCUCUGCAGCAUUUCCCCAACUACACCCCUCAAAAUGUGGGCCCCAACAACAAGGCGCGUGCCACGGGCCCUCAUCGGGCCAGCUCACUUUCUUACUCACCUCAUUCGGGCUUCUAAUACUCGGGGCCAGCGGGAUAAGGUCCUGCAACCUGGCUUUCGGCGCCGACCAAUUCAAUCCGAACACGGAGUCGGGCAAGAGGGGCAUCAACAGCUUCUUCAAUUGGUACUACUUCACGUACACGUUCGCCAUGAUCCUCUCGUUGACAGUCGUCGUGUACAUUCAGUCCAACGUGAAUUGGGCCAUCGGGCUCGGCAUCCCGACUUCCCUAAUGCUCCUUUCGUGCGUGUUUUUCUUUAUUGGGACGAGAAUUUACGUUAAGGUUAUGCCCGAGGGUAGCCCGUUGUUGGAUUUCGUCCGCUCAUUGGCGGCUGCGUUCAAGAAUCGGAAAUUGGAGCUGCCCGAACGGCCGUGGGACUCGCUGUUUGAUCAUGUACCCGCGGACUCGAUUAUCUCGAGACUUGCUUACACCGAUCAAUUCGGGUUUCUAAAUAAAGCGGCUAUCCAAAAACCGGGCGACGUCAUAAACCCGGACGGCUCGGCCGCGGAACCCUGGAAUCUCCGAAGCGUGCAACAAGUCGAGGCGGUAAAGUGCGUCAUUCGAGUAAUCCCCGUUUGGAUCGCCGGGAUAGUGUACUACAUAUUCUGGGUUGUAACCCAAAACUACGUCGUUUUCCAGGCAAUCCAAACGGACCGCAAGCUAGGCAGGGGCGAUUUCGUCAUUCCAGCUGCGACUUACCAAGUCUACACCAUGAUUACAAUCUCCGUGUGGAUCCCGAUCUACGACCGGCUUCUCGUGCCCUUCCUCCGAAAAAUCACCGGAAACGAGGAGGGAAUCACGGUCCUACAACGAAUCGGGAUCGGGAUGGUGUUUUCCGUGCUGACUAUGAUUUUGUCGGGCCUCGUGGAGCAUCACCGUAGGACGUUGGCUCUUACGGGGCCCACAUUGGGCUUUGUCCCGAGGAAAGGGGCGAUUUCAUCCAUGUCGGGAAACUGGUUGAUUCCUCAGCUGGUGUUGGCUGGGUUGUCCGAGGGAUUCUCUGUAAUUGGAUUUGUCGAAUUUUUCUACAAGCAGUUUCCUGAGAACAUGAGAAGCUUGGGCCCGUCGGUGUUGUUUAGCGGGUUUGCGGUUUCUAAUUAUUUGAGUAGUUUCUUGAUCUCGGGGGUUCACCGGACGACGGAGGUCCGGGACGGAGGUAACUGGCUGGCGGAGGAUCUUAACCGGGGAAGGUUGGAUUGGUUCUACUACUUGGUGGCGGGUUUGGAGAUUGUGAACUUGGGUUACUUCUUGGUUUGUGCUAAGUGGUAUACGUAUAGGAAAACCGAUAGCAGCACAAAUGAUGUGCCCGUGUUGAAAAUGUGA